GCAACCCAUGAAACUCACAACAAUUUGCUCAUAUUAUAUCAAUUCCCACAGCUUUGAGCUCUUUUUUGUCGUUUGCAGUAGUUUUUGUUUUAAGAAAUACUAGAUGGCUGCUGCAUCAAUGGCUCUCUCUUCCCCAUCAUUCGCAGGGAAGGCUGUUCAAGUAGCUCCAUCAUCGUCUGAGCUCUUUGGGAAUGGCAGAGUUUCCAUGAGGAAGACUGUGAAAGCACCAGUCUCCAACAGCCCCUGGUAUGGCCCAGACCGUGUCAAGUACUUGGGCCCCUUCUCUGGUGAAGCUCCAGCUUACCUCACUGGUGAAUUUCCAGGUGAUUACGGAUGGGACACUGCUGGACUUUCUGCUGAUCCUGAGACCUUCUCCAAGAACCGUGAGCUUGAAGUGAUCCACAGCAGAUGGGCCAUGCUUGGAGCUCUUGGCUGCGUCUUCCCAGAGCUUUUGGCUCGUAAUGGUGUCAAAUUUGGUGAAGCUGUGUGGUUCAAAGCUGGCUCGCAGAUCUUCAGCGAGGGUGGACUUGACUACUUGGGAAACCCUAGCUUGGUACAUGCACAGAGCAUCUUGGCCAUCUGGGCUACUCAAGUUAUUCUGAUGGGUGCUGUUGAGGGAUACCGUGUUGCAGGUGGACCACUCGGUGAGGUCGUUGACCCACUUUACCCUGGUGGAAGUUUUGAUCCAUUAGGUCUUGCUGAGGAUCCAGAGGCAUUUGCGGAGCUUAAGGUGAAGGAACUCAAGAAUGGAAGACUAGCCAUGUUCUCUAUGUUUGGUUUCUUUGUACAAGCAAUUGUUACAGGAAAGGGCCCAUUGGAGAACCUCGCUGAUCACCUGGCUGAUCCUGUAAACAACAACGCCUGGGCUUUUGCAACUAACUUUGUCCCUGGAAAGUGAGAGAAUAGAUAUUGAUUUCAUUUUUUUUA